AUGGCAUUCAGAGGUUUUCAGAGAUCCGUCGGCACUGCUUUUCCGGUGGCCGGAGAUCAUAUUCUUCCUCGCAGUAUUCCUUAUAAUCCGUACGGCCGCCGCGCCGCUCACCAACACCACCAGUAUGUCUAUCAACAGAGGGCUCUGCGCACUCAUCCGCCGCCGCAUUGGGGUGGUGGUGGAUCUGGUUUUCCGGUGGCCGGAGAAUAUAUCAGAACGACGGCGGCCCAACAGCUUCUUCCUCCACAAAACUACUACGACUACUACUACGUUCAUCAAGAUUUCUCGAUUAAUCCUCCUCCUCCUCCUCCACAACAACAUUUUGAUUAUUUUCGUGAAGAUGAAACCCUAAUUCUGAAUGGGACCACUGUUCAUCCACGUCAGCAACAACAACAUGCAAUACCUCGUAAUAAUAACAACGGUGCUGGUGGUGGUGGUGGUUUUGGUUUGUCGGAAUCUCAGAUCAAGAAGUGUGUGAAGAUAAUAAAGAUUACUAAUUCUUGUCCUAAUUAUUAUAUCGAUAAUCGAGGCGGCGCCACCGCGGGCGAAGAAGGAAGCGAAGUUUGUGCGAUAUGUUUGGAUGAUUUGUACUGCCCCGAUCAAAGUACUAAUAAUAAUCAUGUCGGAAUUCUUGACUGCAGACACGUAUAUCACUCGGAUUGCAUCCGACAGUGGCUGCGCGUCAAAAAUUUCUGUCCGAUGUGUAAAUCGGUGGCGCAUUCGUCGUCGUGA